CGGGCGGGCGGCGCCGCGGAGACACUGGAGCAAGCGUUGCACUUGUCUAGCUGUAUCGACAGCACCACUAUAUAGCUCACGACAGCGCGGACAGCAACGACAGCAGGGGCGCUCUUGUAUUCCACAGCAAAAGCACAGAGACCCUGCCGCAGCGAGCGCGGCGCUCUCGGCGCGCGGACAGCAAAGCAAAGCACAGAUGGCGCCGAGCGAGGCCGCGCUCAACCGCGUGCUCUACGUAUUACUGGUCGUCGUGGGCUACCUUUUUGUUAAAGAGAUCCAGCGAGCGUACGAGCGGCGGCAGCAGGCGCUCUGGGACGAUCGGUAUAUAGAUGCGGUCCGGUCGUCGCCGGAGGAGUGGAAGCUCGGGUGGCGGCUCGAGGACCUGGAGUCGAGAUUGCAUUCGCAGCGGCGCGUCGCCGACGCGCUGGUCGAGGCGGACGGCGACGUCCAGCACCUCGUCAGCGCCGUGUCAGGCCACGAGGAGGAGUACCACACGCUCGAGUGCGUCUCGCGGCUGGGGAAACGCGUCCACGUCGGGCCGGACGAGUUCCGGGACAUGGCAGAUAGGUGUCAUUUGUUUAGUGGCCUGGACGUGAAGGACGCGCCGGCCGUGGGGCCCCACGAGCUCUUUGAGGUCGUGCCGCUGGACGACGACGCCGUGGGACUGCGGGCGCUGUCGAACGGCAAAUUUGCAAGGGUGAGGGCUCCCGGGGACGAGGCCGCCUGGGACGCGCCCUGGACGGUGGAGUUCGCCUCGCCGCUGCCCGGGCUGGCCGAGCGGUUUCAAUUACGAAACGUGCCGAAGCCGUCGGCGCAGGAUGAUGUGGUCAAGGCCCAGGACGACCCGUGGUCCGGCGUGACGACCACGGAGACCAAGGCCUGGGCGCCCUCAUUCAGGAUGCUCUACUCGGAGCUCAUGCGCGGCUUCAUCCAGUGUAAUGGUGGUGGGGUUUCCGAACCGGUGCGCGGCUUUUCGGGGGAAGCGGCGGACGAGUCGCGCGUCGAGUUCCAGUUCAAUCUUACAAGAGCGGAUGCCGCGACGAUGGCCAAGGCCCGGGAAUUGCUAAGGGCUUCAAAGCAUGCCGAGGAGUUGAGAGCCAAGGCCGACGCGAAUAGACGAGCCCGUCUCCUGGCCGCCUCGGCCGAGCGGGGCGAGAAGUUUAGUCUCAAGCCCGGCGAGCGGUUACCGAGACGGGGGCCCUCGGCCCUCGAUUCUGGCUCUUUGAAAGUAGCGAUAGUGGUCCCGAUGACCUCGCGGGGCACCGACAUGGACGGCGUCGAGCAGUCGCCGCUCUGGUUCAAUUUGUUUGCGUCGUUCGUCGAGUCCGUAGACUGGCGGAAGAACCGCCACACCUUCCACUUCUACCUCGGCUUCGACAAGGGUGAUGAUUUGUACGACACGGGCGACGCGUGGUCGGAGAUGCGGCGCGCGUUCCGGGCCCACGCGAAGAAGGCGUUGCGGUGGCUGGGCUACGGCAACUUCACGGUGGCGAGGGUCGCGGACGGUAUUGAUGGUUCAAAACCGGCCGUCGAUUUGACACUGGUCCAUUUCUCGGACACGGCGGGCGCGCCGUCGCAAGCGGUCUCGCAGAUGGCGAGGAUGGCCGUCGGUGAGGGCGCGGACUACAUCUAUCAGUUGAACGACGACACGAUUUUAGUCUCGAAGGACUGGUUGGCGACGGUGUGGAAAUCAACAUCGUCAGCUCGAUGGCGUGGAGCUUCCACGCCGUCGACGCGACGCUGUCUCCGUAACUCACCGGCUGAUUUCCGCGCAGGUUGACGACGUACGUGAAAGCGCUCGAGAACUCGGAACUCGCGCCGAACCUAGGCGUGGCCGGUCCCUUGGACACGACGAACGAGCGCAUUCUGACGCACGCCUUUGUGCACAAAACGCACGUCGAGAUCUUCGACGCGUUCUUCCCGGCGACCUUCAAGAACUGGUGGAGCGACGACUGGAUCAGCCAGGUCUACGGGAGAAGGGCGACCUUCGCGCGCAAGGACGUCGUCGUCACGCACAACGUGCAGUCCCAGAAGACGGGCGCGUGGAACAGAUAUGAUGUGGACCACUCGGCGCAGCACGCGUUGCAUUCCGAGGUCCAAAAGGGGUUCGUGACGAUCAACGCGUGGCUGCGGGCGCGCGACUACCCGAGCAUGCCGCUGCCUAGCGUCUGCGGCUACUCGCCGAUGAUGACGCGGGUCUACGAGCGGCUGAUGAAGCGGGGGUUGUAAGAGUGCGUGUGGUUUCUUGGUUCUUCGUUUUCGGGGCCCGGGAUUUAACGCUUGUAAUAG